AUUACGUCAGGGAGGGCGCCGCCCGCUGAGGUACCCGUGCUGCGUGCUGAGGUACCCGCCCUGCACGAGCCCCGACCCUGCCCACACGGCUCUGCCCGAGCAGGCAGCUGCACGGCGUGCUCUCUUGAGGGAACGGCUCAGGGUGUGGGGCUGGGGGACGUUCUUCGGUGGCCGCUAGUGACGGGUGGAGCUGAGAGAGGGCCGUCAGGUGCCCGCCAGGAACACUGCCUGCUUGGAAGAGUUUAAGAUCGUGCAGAGAAAUGUUUCCUUUAAGAGAUACUGAGAUGGGUGCUUCCACCUUCUUUGCCUCAGCUCUUCCACAUGAUGUUUGUGGAAGUAACGGCCUUCCUCUGACACCCAACUCCAUCAAAAUUUUAGGGAGGUUUCAAAUCCUUAAAACAAUCACCCAUCCUAGGCUUUGCCAGUACGUUGAUAUUACCAGAGGUAAACAUGAGAGACUGGUUGUGGCUGCUGAACACUGUGACAAUAGUCUGGAAGAUUUGCUACGAGAGGGAAAACCAGUCAGUUCCUCGAAGAUUUUAUGUAUUGCGUAUGAAGUUUUGCAAGGUUUGCAAUAUAUGAACAAACAUGGAAUGGUCCACCGAGCACUCUCCCCUCGCAAUAUUCUUUUGGAUCGAAAGGGACACGUUAAGUUGGCUAAAUUUGGACUUUACCAUAUGACUGCUCAAGGUGUUGAUGUUGAUUUUCCUAUAGGGUACCCGUCUUAUCUGGCACCUGAGGUAAUUGCGCAGGGCAUAGUCAAACCACGUGAUCAUACUCAGUGUGAGAAGCCUCUGCCUUCUGGCCCUAAAUCGGAUCUCUGGUCUCUUGGCAUAAUACUAUUUGAGCUGUGUGUGGGGAGAAAAUUGUUCCAGACUCUGGAGAUAGCAGAAAGGUUAAAAUUUGUAAUUACACUAGGCUAUGUAGAUGAUAUUGUGACUGUAUUAGCUGAAGAACACGGUUGCCUAGAUAUUAUUAAGGAUCUUUCUGAAAAUGUCAUAACUCUGCUGAAAAAAUGCCUUACGUUCCAACCUUCUAUGAGGCCAACUCCAGAGGAAUUGAUGCGUGACUGUUUGUUCAGUGAAGUAUCUUUGGCAUACCCUCCCUUUCACAAACCUGCUGGACUGUUCUCGUCCUCUCCAAGGUGUGCUGACUUAACACUGCCUGAAGACAUAAGUCAGUUAUGCAAAGAUGAAGAUAAUGAUUACUUAGCAGAAAGAUCAAUUGAAGAGGUUUAUUAUCUCUGGUGUCUGGCUGGAGGAGACUUAGAGAAAGAACUUGUCAACAAGGAAAUCAUUCGAUCAAAGCCACCUAUCUGCACACUUCCCAACUUUGUGUUGGAAGAUGGUGAAAGCUUUGGGCAAGGACGAGAUAGAAGUUCCCUUCUAGAUGACACAACUGUGACUUUGUCUCUGUGCCAGCUCCGAAAUAGACUGAAGGAUGUUGGUGGGGAAGCAUUUUAUCCAUUACUUGAAGAUGACCAGUCAACUUUACCUCAUUCAAAUAGUAGCAGUGAGCUGUCUGCAGCUGCCAAUCUACCUCUGAUCAUCCGGGAGAGGGACACAGAGUAUCAGCUAAACAGAAUUGUUCUGUUUGACAGACUCUUGAAGGCCUACCCUUAUAAGAAAAACCAAAUCUGGAAAGAAGCCAGAGUUGACAUCCCUCCUCUUCUGAGAGGCAUGACCUGGGCUGCUCUGUUGGGUGUUGAGGGUGCCAUUCAAGCAAAAUAUGAUGCCAUUGAUAAAGACACACCGAUUCCUACAGACAGACAAAUUGAAGUUGAUAUUCCUCGUUGCCAUCAGUAUGACGAAUUGCUGUCAUCACCUGAGGGUCAUGCAAAGUUUAGACGUGUAUUGAAGGCCUGGGUUGUUUCCCAUCCUGAUUUGGUAUACUGGCAAGGCCUCGAUUCUCUUUGUGCACCAUUCCUAUACUUGAACUUUAACAAUGAAGCUCUGGCAUAUGCUUGCAUGUCUGCUUUUAUACCCAAGUAUUUGUAUAACUUCUUUCUGAAGGAUAAUUCUCAUGUUAUCCAAGAGUAUCUAACGGUGUUUUCUCAGAUGAUUGCAUUCCAUGAUCCAGAGCUGAGCAACCACCUUAAUGAAAUUGGUUUCAUUCCUGAUCUCUAUGCUAUUCCGUGGUUUCUUACAAUGUUUACACAUGUCUUUCCUUUGCAUAAAAUUUUUCACUUGUGGGAUACAUUACUGCUUGGAAAUUCCUCCUUCCCAUUCUGCAUAGGGGUGGCUAUACUUCAACAACUGAGGGAUCGUCUUCUCGCAAAUGGAUUCAACGAAUGCAUUCUCCUUUUCUCAGACUUACCAGAGAUUGACAUUGAGCGUUGUGUUCGUGAGUCAAUCAACCUGUUUCGCUGGACCCCAAAGAGUGCUACGUACAGGCAAUAUGCACAGCCUCCUCGGCAAGCCAGUGAGAGCAGCAGCACAAGAAGUUCAAUGUCCUGCUUUUCUGUAGAUUAUCAGGAAGCACCUCGAGGUGACCUGUCUAGAGAUUCUAUCAAGUUGGAUGACCUGAAGGCAGAGGUGUCACCAAGGAUUUCAGCAGAAGAUCUGAUUGAUCUUUGUGAACUGACAGGACCAAGUCAUUCCAAAACACCUAUAAAAAAAACAAAGUCUAGCAAGCCAAAGUUGCUGGUGGUGGACAUCCGUAAUAGUGAAGACUUUAACCGUGGCCACAUCUCUGGCAGCAUCAACGUCCCAUUUGCAUCAGCAUUUACUGCAGAAGGAGAUCUCAUCCAGUGCCCAGCAACUGCCACGCUCCAGAGCUUUAAAGGAAGAGUUGUGGUGAUUGUAGGAAAUGCAGUGAAGAACACAGCUGCUUUUGCAGCUCAUCUGGUGAAGAGCAAGUACCCACGGGUCUGCAUCCUAGAUGGAGGAAUCAACAAGAUCAAACCAACUGGUCUCCUCACUGUUCCUUCUCCACAAAUAUAAAUGACUGUAAUGUUCAGGAUGAUUUGUCUGAAUAGGCAAGUCUUGCAGUACAGCAUCAAUUUUCAGUGACUCUGUUAUACAGUUUUUGGGUGAUCAGUAUCUCACCUUGCACAUCAAGAGCAAAGUUUUAUGAUUGUUCUUUGAUAUAGAGCUUCAUCUGCCACAGAUGGAAAAAUGUGAAUCUUCCAGUUUUCUGAGUAACUUCUUUCGGGCGUGAUGUAGUGCAAAACUAGCAGAGCUCACCUGAGCUCAGUUAGUGUUCGGUAUCUUAGAAGUUUUUCUGUAGAAUGGCAUAUACUGGCAAUGGAUAGCCCUAAGCUGUACUUAAAUAGAUUGUUUUUCAAAAGUAUUUUACUGUGAAUAUUGAAAGUAAUGAGCUGAAAUUGUCAUGUGUAUCAAAGAAGGAAAAGAUGUGUUCUCUCAUUUUAAAGAAUAAUUGCUGUAUCUUGUGACCUAUUUUUUUCUUACUUUUUUUUUUUUUGAAAGCAUUUUUCAUCUGGAUUGGAAAUAAAGAUAUGUCCUAGAUUGGA